UCAUCAUGGUAGUCAUCAUUCGUUCUUUGCUCGUCUUCGGCUGAUGUUAGCUCGUGCCAAUCAUUUCAGUGGACAUCCGAUAUAAUCAACCUAUCAUGUUCAAGUUCCUUGUGAUUGGCUGCUUGGUUUUGGCAGUCGCUCAUGGCUUCCAGCAGCAUCCGGAUUCCGGCCUUAGAAAGACAUCAAAGCGCAGCAUCGAUUCCCAAGGUACCCCAUUUUUCGGUGUUGGUCCAGACGCCGAUUUCGCCGAUCGAUCCGGAAAUUACGGCGGUGAACAGUCGGCUGGCGGAGCAACUGGCGGCUACGGUGGCGAACAACCUUCCGGAGGCUCAGAGUACGGAGGAGCCGGAUCGGCCAUCGGCCAGCCAACAGCCGGUGCCUACGAUUCAUCGUCGAAUGGCUCACCAUCUUUAGGAUCUAGCGACUCAGGUUAUGGAGGUCAGCCGUGGACUCCUGUACAACAGUCUUCUUCCGGCGGAUAUGGAGCAGGAGGAGCUUCCAGCCAACAGCAAGGAGAUUUUUCGAGUGGGGCAGCAGGUUACGGUGUAGCCGAAGUGAUCACCGUGCCAAACAUUCCUGAACCGGUAGACAGUUACGGCGGAGCCGGCGGAGCCGAACAAGGUUUUGCCGGAUCGGCCGCUUCAGCUGGAGGAUACGGAGAUGCUGCGGGUGUAGGACCGUCCCCCGAUGAAGGAUACGGCGCUCCUCCAUCAUCUGAAGGUUACGGCUCGGCGUUUGAAGAACCUUUGGCACCGGCCGAUGCGUACGGCGGGCCAGCGCAACCUCAAAUUCAGUCCGGGGGCGGUUACGGGGGUGGGUCCAGCCAGCAGCAGGCGGGCAGUUACGGCGGUAGCCAAUCGCAAGGAGCCGCAACCCCAUCGGGUUAUGGAGGAAGUGAAAGCCAACAAGGAGGAGGAGGAGGAGGUGCGUACGGAUCACAGCCGCAAAUACAAGGGUCUUCCGGUGGCUACAGCGGCGGAUCGAGUCAACCAGAUGGCGGACAAUGGCACUCACCAUCGGCUCCAUCGGGAGGCAAUUACGGUGCAACAGGUCAACAAGGUCAGCAAGGUGGUGGUGGAUAUGGCGGAGCGGCACAGCCUCAAGCACCAGCUCAAGGAUCCUUUUCAUCAUCCGGCAGCUACGGAGGUGGAUCGAAUCAACAGGCGGGCGGGUUCCAGCACGGCGGUCAGUCGCAAGGACCAGUUCACGUGCCAACAAUUCCAUCUGGCGGACAUUACGGUGGUGAAUCGAGCCAGCAAGGCACCGGAGGGGGAGGAUAUGGCAACGCAGGUCAACCUCAGGCCCCAGUUGCAAGGCCUUCCAUUCCUUCCGGCGGUUACGGAGGUGGAUCUAGCCAAGGCUCAUUCGGUCACUCUUCAGCUCCCGUAGGAGGUUACGGAGGUGGAAGCCAACCCUCAGGCGGAUACGCUCAGUCACAAGGAUCGCCAUCGGCCGGUGGAGGUUACGGCGGCGGAAGCCAACAGCAAGGAGGUCACAGCAGCGGAUACGGCGUUCCCGUGCCUAUUCCUUCAGCUCCCUCAAGCGGUUCCGGAAACCAACCAUCGGGCGGAUACGGCGGUGCGCAAUCUCAGGGGCCAGCAGCCGUCGGCGGAGGAUACGGCGGUGGAAGCCAACAGCAAGGAGGUCACAGCAGCAGCGGCGGAUACGGUGGGCCAUCGCCAGCACCGAUUCCUUCAGGUCCCUCAAGCGGUUACGGAAGCCAGGGGAGCGGAAGCCAACAAUCGGGCGGAUACGGCGGUGCUCAGUCUCAGGGAUCACCAGCUCAGGCCGUCGGCGGAGGUUACGGCGGCGGAAGCCAACAGCAAGGAGGUCACAGCGGCGGCGGCGGCGGCUACGGUGGCUCAUCGCAAGCACCUCUUCCUUCAGCUCCAUCUGUUGCAAGUCACGGAAGUCAAUCAGCCGGCGGAUACAAUGCAGGUCAAUCGCAGAGACCAUCAGCUCCUUCCGGUGGAUACGGAGGUGGAUCGAGCCAGCAGACAGGUGGAUACGCUGGAGGAUCGCAAGGUCAGCAUGGAGCUGGAUUUGGUGGUGGUGGUGCUUCGUCGCAAAGACCAUCAGCUCCGUCAGGUGGCAGUUACGGCGGCCAACAGGGCGGCAGCGGGUAUGGAGGAAAUCAACAGCCUCAAGCUGCAGUACAGAGGCCAGCGCCAUCUACCGGCGGCUAUGGAGGUUCUGCAUCUCAAGGAGGUGGAAGCGGAUACAACGGCAUCCAAUCGCAAGGGCCUGUUCAAAGACCUCCAACUCCUUCUGUAGGAGGUUAUGGCGGCGCACCUAGCCAGCCAGCAGGAGGGUACGGUGGGUCGCAAUCGCAAGGACCUAUCCAACGACCACCAGUUCCAUCUAGCGGAUACGGCGGCAUCCAAUCCCAAGGAGCAGUUCAGCGACCUCCAUCUGCCGGUGGAAAUUACGGCGGUCAAUCGCAAACAUCCGGUCAAAGACCAUCAGCUCCAUCCGGAGGCGGUUACUCUGUCCCAACACCAGGGGCAGCAGCUCAAAGGCCUUCGGCUAAUUCAGGCGGCUACGGUGGCGCCAGUCAGCAAGGCGGUGGAUUGGCGCAACGGCCGGUUCAGCGACCUCCAGUUCCGUCCGGAGGCAAUUACGGCGGUGGAAGUAGUCAGCAAGGAGGCGGAUACGGUGGCCAAGUUCAAAGGCCAUCAGCCCCCAGACCAUCAGCGCCAUCAGGCGGCAGUUAUGGUGGCGGUAGCCAACAAGGAGGGGGCUAUGGCGGUACUGCGGCCCAAAUUCAGCGCCCUUCUUCCGCAUCUAAUCACGGUGGAGGACGUGGUCCUGCUCCGCGUCCUUCCGCUGGAUACGGAGGAGCUUCAACAAACUUCAUUCCGAUCGCACCAGCUCCUUCCGGUGGAGGCGGUUACGGCGGAUCGCAGCCUCGCCCAGCGCCUCCUAGUGGAUCCAGUUACGGGGCAUCAUCCCACGUCCCUGUUCAAGUAGCCCCAGCUAGAGGAAAGACCACAGGUGCGGUUGGUUACAGUUCUCUGCCUCCCGCUACAGUUUCGCUGGACGCUCCGUUCGUCCCAUCGGCCCUCAUUUCAUCCAGCGGAUACGGUCGCUAAUCUGAAACGUUUCGUUCGAAAUCUUCUAUCAAAAUGAAUAUUCUUUACCUUAAUUUUUUUUUAAACCGACAAUAGGACGUCCGCAUUAACGUCCUUUGUGUAUCAUCAUUUUCCACGGGAUCGCGUCAUUGCUUCUUCAUUCUCCAUUUCUCUCGAUUCAAAGCGUUGAUGUCGUCAGUUACUGGCCGACGUGGCGAGCCAACGCACCUUUAUACGAAAGCACAUUGAUUAUUACGCACCUGGAGAUUCGAUGCGUUGAUUAUCGAAAAGAAAUCGAUGGCCCUCCAUUUACGUGUCUCAUUUUCCUACGGUUACGUCACAAUACAAAAUAUAAUUCGAAAAAACAAUUGGGUUCAUUUACCUGGCGCUAGAGGUCAGCACUUUUCAUAGCGCAUUUAACCAAUUAUCCUUCCUAUAUUUAGGUAAAGAAAAAUUGUUCGUGAUUGAUUUAAAGUCUACGGCAUCAAAUGCAUAUCUAAUAAUAUUUGCUUACAUAA